CGCUCGGAUCCGGCAUUGCGUGAUACACACAAAAUGGCGCUCAUUCGUAACUUUUCUGGAAGAAAAUUCUCAGAAACGGAUUCAAUAACCAGUAGUAUGAUGUCUUUUGGUGACGAUAUGGAGGUCCCCAAGUUCAUAUUCACCGCUGAAGAUGGAGUAAAUCGUUUAAUUGUGCUAGAAGAGGAGGACACACAAACCUGCAAAAGCGAGAGUCGGAGAUCGGAUAGUGACCCGACAAGUUUUGAAUAUCCAAAUCUGCCUAUGCGCUCAGUCGACCUCACCUCAACUCCGUCCAUUACAAAUGACAGUGGCUUGGGCAAUAGUAGUACACUAAAAGUGGGCAGUCUUCCCAUGACACAGCCUGAAGACGAUACUAUUUCCUUGAGUAGAGAAAGUGUGUCGUCGGCACCCCCCUCUACGCAUGAUGCAGGUUUCAUGAACAGUAAUAGCAAUAGACUGAAUAAUCUCUUAGUUAUUCCUCCAUCUGGUCCAUUUAUCAACCUCAGUCCAAGGCCUUUGAGAAGGGCCCUCUCAGCAAGAUAUAUCAAUGAAAACCAUACAGGUUCACUUCACCGAGUUCGAAAACCGACGGGCGGACAAGCCAACUCUCUGCCACCAGAGUAUUAUGGCGAUAGCAUUUCUGUCAUUAAUGUACCUGCUAGCCAAACAGAUGCACCAAAAAGAAAAACUGAAAACUCAAAUAGCCUAUCAGUACUAAUGAGUGGCAUUUAUGCCGUGUUUCUCGUCAUGCUUGGAGCCAUUAUUUUCCUAAAUGAUCAGCACAGAGAUCAACGAGUAAUAUCAGAGCACCCUCUGCAGCACCACCGUCGACCGGCCUCACGAUGCUGCUCCUCUAGCGAAAACCAUCUCCAGGUAUUUAGCAGCGUUAUCGCCGCUGUUGGAUUGUUAUGGCUAAUCAUCUUCCACUUUGAUUUAUGCAUGUACAAAAGAGAAGUUUUGAAGCAACUCAAAGAAACAGAAGAUGCUAUGCAAGAAAACAGCGAUCGUUUCAGCACUGCUACAGAGUUCAUAAUCAAUUCUGGAUAUGAUUACACAGCAGUGAGGAAUGUCUCAGAUGGAAAAAAAAUCAGACCACCUCCAUACAGAUUCUUGAUGGGAAGACAUAGUGGAAGUUUUUAUCUCAAAAUAGGUUCAGCAGCUUUUUGUUUUGGAUAUCUAAUUUACCAAGUCCUACAGCUUGGACAGCAUAUUUUAAAUUACGUCGACGUCGAAAAGAAACAACUCAACUGCCAGAAGCCGACGUCUAUUAUACUCCACGUCAUUUCACCCAUUCAUGCAUUCUAUCAACUAUUUAUGACUUUCAAAUACUCCAAUAUUGUUAUAAAUCGGCAUAGGAUACUGGCAAGAUUUGGUAUAAUGCAUCUAAUUGCAACGUGUCUGUGUAAUUGGUUUGGAACAAUUGUUGAAGAAGCAGUGGAAGAUUAUACUCACAAAAGCAACAACAAUUUUACCGAUAAUAUAACCAGCAUGGAAUUCGAUAUUGCCAGUUUUCACAUCAUUGUUCAAAGGAAAGAAAAUUGGGACAACCCCUACUUUUGUAGUGCAGAAUCAGUUCUGUCAACACGUUCUUUGAGUGCUAUUCCGUAUUUAUAUCCCUUUGCAAUAGAGUAUAACCUUCUCUUAGCUGGAGUUUGGUUCAUCGUAUGGCAGAACAUUGGAAAAGAGCACAUGAAUGCAAAUCCGCAUCAUCUGCGUCACACCAUUUCACAAGACGAAUACACUGGCAGCGAUGAAAUAGCAUAUCAAAGCAAUCUUGUCAUCAAUGCUGAUUGUCAUUCCGCAAACAAAGGAUUAUUUAUUGGACUUUUCCUCUUACUUACUAUUAUAGUUACUGUUAUAAUAUUUUUUGUUUCUAUGACUACUGAUGGUUAUCAACAAAAAGCUAUUGAUAUCCAUACUGCGCAAGAAGGUGUAUUAACUGUUAUAGGUUUAUUAUCAGUUUGCAUUUCAUUUUACCAAAUACGGAAGUUAGAUAUUAGUGAACAUCCAAUCACUUUUCUUGAUGAUGUGUUACUUUUUGUUCCAUUGCCAUUUUACUUCGUGCAUGGAAUUAUGUCUGUCACAGCCGAAUUCGCCAAUUCCAACUAUACUAGGCUCGCCCUUCAUAUUUUGGUGACUUUUCAAGUGGUUGUACAAACACCAUUUAUUCUUGACGGUCUAAGGCGGUGCAGCAACUCGCAGACACAUCGAUAUAGAAAACCUGGAAGGGAAGUUAUUACAUUUUUAAUCAUACUCAACUUAACUCUCUGGGUUGUAAAUACUUUUGAACUGAAAAGUGUUGAGCAUUACCACGGCCAGGAAGAGUAUUUUGGUGACCUGAUAUGGAUGUUUGUUGGCCAUACAACGUUGCCUUUAAUGUUGUUUUAUAGAUUUCAUUCUUCAGUGUGUUUGGCUGAUAUGUGGAAAUCAGCCUAUGAGAAAGAAGCAUAAAUUUAGUUUGUAUUAUCAUUUUAGCGGUAGUAAUACUUAAGAAAACGCAAGACGUUUAUGUAAAACAUUUUAAUAAAGGUAAUGACAUCUGGUGAAA